CCUUGAGCAGGGGCUGCAGACCCAGGGCGAGGGGAGGUCGGCGGCGGCGCGGCUGUGUCCUCGGGAGCUCCGGACGCGCCCGGGCGACCUGUCACCCGGCCGGCACUCGCUGCCCUGUGUCUCGCGCGCGGAGAGGGAGGAAGGGUUAACCAGGUCGUGAUGGGCCCGGCGGUGGAGGAGGACGCGCAGCGCGCGGGAGGAGCAGACACCUUGCUGCCAGGUGAGAAUUAUGAAGAUGAUGACCUAGUAAACUCAGAUGAGGUUAUGAAGAAACCAUGUCCAGUACAGAUUGUUCUUGCACAUGAAGAUGACCAUAACUUUGAGCUUGAUGAAGAAGCUUUGGAGCAGAUAUUACUACAGGAGCACAUACGAGAUCUAAACAUAGUAGUGGUGUCCGUGGCAGGAGCUUUUCGUAAAGGGAAAUCAUUCCUACUGGACUUCAUGCUUAGAUAUAUGUAUAACAAGGAUUCUCAGAGUUGGAUUGGUGGAAACAAUGAACCAUUGACUGGCUUUACAUGGCGAGGUGGUUGCGAAAGAGAAACUACAGGCAUACAAGUCUGGAAUGAAGUAUUUGUGAUCGAGAGACCUAAUGGAACAAAAGUGGCUGUGCUGCUAAUGGAUACCCAGGGUGCCUUUGAUAGCCAGUCAACGAUCAAGGAUUGUGCCACGGUGUUUGCUCUGAGCACGAUGACCAGCUCUGUUCAGGUAUAUAAUUUGUCUCAAAAUAUUCAGGAAGAUGAUCUUCAACACUUGCAAUUAUUUACAGAAUACGGCAGACUUGCAAUGGAAGAAAUCUACCAGAAACCAUUUCAGACAUUAAUGUUUUUGAUUCGAGACUGGAGUUAUCCUUAUGAACAUUCAUAUGGUUUGGAAGGUGGCAAACAGUUCCUUGAAAAGAGAUUGCAGGUAAAACAGAAUCAACAUGAAGAGCUGCAGAAUGUAAGGAAGCACAUUCACAAUUGUUUCUCAAAUCUUGGUUGCUUCCUUUUGCCACAUCCUGGUCUUAAAGUUGCAACUAAUCCUAGUUUUGAUGGGAGAUUGAAAGAUAUUGAUGAAGAGUUUAAAAGAGAGCUUCGAAAUCUGGUUCCAUUGCUCCUUGCCCCAGAAAAUUUGGUAGAAAAAGAGAUAAGUGGAUCUAAAGUCACUUGUAGAGAUCUUGUAGAAUACUUUAAGGCUUACAUCAAAAUUUAUCAAGGAGAGGAACUUCCACAUCCAAAGUCCAUGCUUCAGGCAACAGCUGAAGCUAAUAAUCUUGCUGCAGUAGCAGGAGCAAGAGAGAUCUAUUGCAAAAGUAUGGAGCAGGUAUGUGGUGGGGACAAGCCUUACAUUGCACCUUCAGAUCUGGAGCGAAAACACCUGGAUCUUAAGGAAGUGGCAAUUAAACAGUUUCGUUCAGUGAAAAAAAUGGGUGGAGAUGAAUUCUGCCGUCGUUAUCAGGACCAGCUUGAGGCUGAAAUUGAAGAAACCUAUGCAAAUUUUAUAAAGCACAAUGAUGGCAAAAAUAUCUUCUAUGCUGCUCGUACCCCUGCCACACUGUUUGCGGUCAUGUUUGCUAUGUAUAUAAUCUCAGGACUGACUGGCUUCGUUGGCCUAAACUCUAUAGCCGUCUUGUGUAACCUCGUCAUGGGGUUAGCACUGACGUCUCUUUGUACUUGGGCAUAUGUUAAAUACUCUGGGGAGUUCAGAGAAAUUGGAACAAUGAUUGAUCAGAUUGCUGAAACACUAUGGGAACAGGUAUUGAAGCCCCUGGGUGAUAAUUUGAUGGAGGAAAACAUAAGGCAGUCUGUAACAAACUCUAUCAAAGCAGGCCUGACUGACCAGGUGUCUCAUCAUGCCAGAUUAAAGACAGACUGACACUUCAUCUCCUCAUGGACUCCACUCUCCCUUUUUUUCAUGCUUGCUGUACAAUGAGAACUCAAAUAAAAAUAAACCAAAGUUUACAAUCAACUGUAGAAGUAGUUUAGUAUAACUGGCUUCACAGAUGGCUGCCACAGAGUGUGAAAUUGUUUGUUGGUUUUAAGCAUUGUGUUCAUGGCUCCUGAGACAUGAUGAUUGACUGAGGAGCAUUAGUUUAUCAUGCACACUGGUGCCAUGUUUAAUUCUUUUUUUUUUUUUUUUUCUGAUGUUAGUGAAAUUUGUCUUAUGUAAAAGGAUAUUUCAGGGAAAUAUUUUAAGAAAUCUAUUUAGAGUCUUUUUAACACAGUGUCCCAUUGAAAUUUUAAUUUUUAGAGAAGUUAUGAAUCACUGUAGCAAGAUUCAGAUUGGAAUGACAAUGAAGCCUUUAUUGAGCCACGACAUUAAAAGUAUAUAUUGCUUUACUGCCUUCAAUACCAGUAUUACAUAAAUGCAUGUAUCAGAAAUUUCACAGAAAUUACAUGACAACUCUUGUAGCUAAGAAAGUGAUUCUGAAGUGUACAUUUGUCUUGCCUUUUUAAAUUUAUAAACCUGCCCUAAAACGAGAUGCAUAUCUGGGAAACUAAACUGUCUUUAUGCAGUUUAGCCUUCAUGUAUAUAAAAUAUGCCAUUAAUUUUAUUGGGGGAGAAAUUCCAUCCAAAAAUGUUGCCUACAGCUAUGAGUUAAGAGUGUCUGUACAGUGUGUAGCUUUUAUUUUCUAAAAUCACAGAUAGGGCAUGUAUAUGAAUUAUAAAUAUAUAAAUACAAUUUUGUAUUAAAAGUUUUGUAGUUUAUGGCAAAAUCUGGUUCCGUGGUAGGCUAAUGAGUACAGUCCCUGUGAAGGAAUGUUUGUGGCUCAUGUCAGUGUAUGAAUGCAUAGACAAUUUGAAGUUUUUGAUAUAUUUGUGAUAUUUAUCUUCCUGAGCACUGCAGUCUCACUCCCCACCCCACCCCCCACCCUCGAGGGAAUUCAGUGGGAAUGUUUAUCGUGACUUUGUCCUCUGUUGCAUUUUAAAGUUAUUUUCUGUAAUUUAUUUUCAGUACAUAAUUAAAAAUUUGUUGCAUAUAUAAAAUGGAACUUGUGAUUCUUUUUUAAGGAAUUAUUCAAAUAUGUAUUCCAUUACAUAAACCUAUUUGUUUAUACUGAAAAGAGCAUGAGUGAGGAACACCCGUGUGAGAGCUGUAAGCUAUUGUACCUCAAAGCUAAGCUUGUAAACAGUUAUUUUUCUGUGUCUGUCUCCGUCAGGGAAAACUUGUGAUUAGCUAGGGGAUUUAUUAAUUUUCGUUUCUCUCUCUUUUUUUCUGGUAUAUGUAAGGCUAACAUUUUGCAGUACUUUUGUAGCCUUCUCUAUGAACACCUGUUUAAAGCACCUAGUUUGGUUUUUAAGUGAAGAGAACUCAGAUGUUGAGUUGCAUGGCUGAAAGCUCAAAAUUUACUUUGGUAUAUCUCUCCCCCCUCCCGCUUCAGAUCUUGUUUUUAUAUGGAUUGUGUUUGUUUCCAUCUAUUAUUAAACUGCUACCAACUCAUCUGUUCUUAAAGAGAAUACACCUGAAAAGUGUCUCAUUUCUUUUACUAUGUUUUAUGAAUGUUGUGGACUGUUUUUAUGAGUGGAAAAAAUAAAAAGUUUGUUGUAUAAUAGCAGUUCUUCUGAAAUUAAAGAGACACAGGUAA